CAGAAUCAAAUGUAAACAUCCAAAUAAACACCAUACUUACAUAAUCGGAUAUGCUGCAUGACGAACACUUUAUAAAGAUCCAUUUUGAGGGUUAUAAUAGCUGUGUUUAUGCAAUUGCAAGCUUGGGGGCGGGGAGCGCAAGCAUUUAAAGGGGACACACGCUGGAUCGCCGCAUAUUUAAUUAUGCCCCAAAAUAGGCAGUUAAAAAACUGAAUUAAAAAAAAAAAUCUGUAGGUUAUUUUGAGCUGAAACUUCACAGACACAUUCAGGGGACACCUUAGACUUAUAUUACAUCUUGUGAAAAGGCAUUCUAGGGCACCUUUAAUAAUGUAGUGAACCACUCGAUAUACACAAAUCACAUAGCAAUUUAAUUUUUACUUGCUUGUAUGUGACACGUGUGCUGAUUGAGUGAUCAGCAAUCAAGAGCAUGCAACAGAAGUGCGCACUCACUCUCUACCAUCAGUUAACUUUAGUAAUAUGUUACUAUGUCCGAUACCUCCAUUAUGCUCUCUGUUUGAUCUGUUGUCUGUGUUUCUUUGUCUGAGCACAAACACUGCACACAUGCUGCAUGGUAUUGUUUUUUUGGUAUUUGGGCAUUUUAAUGAGUACGAGUACACGAGCGCAGUAUCAGACUUGAUACCGAUACUGGUAUUGGUGCAUCCCUAAAAAUAUAGCCACAAGUAGCAAUAAUCGGGGUCCAAGCACUAAUGGCCCAUGUAGAUGAUUAAAUGUAUCUUUUGAAGUGGAUUUUUGGUAGCAAAGUCCAUCUUAAAUCUUCAUGGAAAGUAAGGGUUUGUUUGUAAAGUGUGUGGUGUAUUUGUGGACUCAACAUUUAAAUUUAAAUAUUUGUGGAUAUUCAACAUUUGAAUUUAGAUUAAUCUAAUGUCAUAGGUUGUCACAAGACAAUUUCAAAUAAAUGUGAAGAUAUCAUUUGUUGCUCAAAACCAAAUAUAUAUAUGUAAUGCACACUUAAACAGCAAACUCGUAGGGAGUUUGCUGUUUAAGUGUGCAUUACACAAGGGAAACAUAUCAAGUUGGUCCUGUUCAACAAAAGAGGGUGAGCUUUGACCUGAAGCCUCGCAAUUUGUCUGUAGAAGUGAGAAUAUUUUCAUCUUUGCCUUGCAUUUGUUAUACAAGGGUGGAUUAGAACUCAGAACCUCUGGCACACUGAACAGAAAUUCUGCCAGUAGUCCAUCAGAACACUAUAAUUUCAGAUGCGGAUCCACGUAUUUAUUGACUAAUGUAAAUAUUGUUGAUACUAAUGACAUAUUGUAUUAUAGUAGAUGUAAGGAUGAAACUAUCAUAUUAAACAUGAGGUCUAUGUCAAUAAAUUUUGUGCAUUUAUUAUUGUAAUAAUACAAUUACAAUACACCCUAAUACAUAAAUACACUCCUGUCCCACACACUUUUUAAAACAAAGUUAUGCCAUUGUGAGGAGGAAAUAUCACGAGAGUGAGUCAGUGAGGUAUAGCAAACAACAAAGUGUGGAUAAAACAAAUCAAGAUUAUGCAUAUGCUAAUGAGAUUAUUAAGCUCUCUCAAUAAAAUUAUUCUCUCAUCCAGAGUGCUGAAAACACCUUACAGAUGGCGAGUCCUGCUGAUCAACACAAUGUAAAUGGAACAAGAACAGAGCCCAAACAUGUAUAAUGCCAUUUUUACAAACCAGCAGCAAUGUAAAACCAAAAAACAAUAUUAUGAAAAUGUAAUCUAUUAAAUGAUCUAAAAAGCAUUAAAUGCCACUAAAUAUAAAGUAUAUGUAGUUGAUCAUUUAUGUACUUUUAUUAUUUUUUAUUUCUUGUUUUUGUGUGUUUUCUGGGAGAGUUUGGUUAAUCUGGCCAACAAAAUAUCACACUCCAUUCUGCAUUAUGCAUAGCUAUAUGUUUGCACAUUAGAAUCUAAAUUAUAAAACUGAACCGAGAUCAGGUAAAACCAUUAGACACUGGUUCAUGGGUCCAGCCAGAGAUCUUAUAAUAUGGAUCUAAAAGGCUCUGGUUCAGCAGACGCCUCCUAGCGGUGAACCUCGAAAUGUUUCGAACCGGUAUAUGACGUGACGAGGUCUCGUUGCUGAAAUCACGUGACUUGUCCAGUCUGACGAGCUCCGAGCCACGGAUUCACAUACGUCUCCGGUUAUUCAAGCAGCGUUUGGAACGCUAAUUCGGUGAUUUCAAACCAAAUACAUUUUGGUUGGAGAAUAUCUAUUAGAGAAUAGGAUGAAUGAAACGAUGAUGGAGACUGAUGAAAUCAGCUGCGUCGAACAUUUCCUAGUAAUAAAGAUGGAGCAGCCUGAAAACAACCAGACCACAAUGGGACCAGAUGUGAAGCCGAAAACAUGCCAGACGACACCUAUGCAAGAGUGGAAGAAUGAAAGACAGAAUCUGAAGGAACUGAAAGAAGAUUCUGUCAUUUGCCAUCAAUGUGGGAUGUGUUUCAUUGACCAAGCAAGCCUUAAGAAGCACAUCAGAAUUCACACUGGAGAGAAGCAAUUCACCUGCCCUCAAUGUGGAAAGACUUUCACACAACAAGGACAGCUGACACGUCACAUGAAAAUUCACACUGGAGAGAAACCUUUCUCCUGCUCUGAGUGUGGAAUGAACUUCAUAGAAAAACACAAGCUUAAUAUUCACAUGAGGAUUCACACUGGGGAGAGGCCUUGCACAUGCCCUCAGUGCGGAAAGAGUUUCACACAACAAGGACAGCUGACACGUCACAUGAAAAUUCACACUGGUGAGAAACCUUUCUCCUGCUCUCAAUGUGGAAAGAGUUUCACAGAUCAACGACAACUUACAGUUCACAUCAGAAUUCACACUGGGGAGAAGCCUUUCACUUGCCCUCAAUGUGGAAAGAGUUUCACACAACACGGACAGUGGAAACGUCACAUGAGAGUUCACACUGGAGAGAAACCUUUCUCCUGCUCUCAAUGUGGAAAGAGUUUCACAGUGAAACAAAGCCUUGAGAGUCACAUGAGAAUUCACACUGGAGAGAAGCCUUUCUCCUGCCCCCAAUGUGGGAAGAGUUUCACAUUGAAACAAAGCCUUGAGCGACACAUUAGAAUUCACACUGGAGAAAAGCCUUUCACUUGCUUUGAAUGUGGGAUGAACUUCAUAGAAAAACAACAGCUUAAUACUCACAUGAGAAUACACACUGGAGAGCAACCCUUCAUCUGCCCUCAGUGUGGAAAGAGUUUCAUUUUUAAACAAAGCCUUGAGAGACACAUGAGAAUUCACACUGGAGAGAAGCCUUUCACCUGCUCUGAGUGUGGGAUGGGCUUCAUAGAGAUGCAAAAGCUUAAAAUUCAUAUGCGAAUUCACACUGGAGAGAAACCUUUUACCUGCCCUCAAUGUGGAAAGGGUUUCACAGUAAACAGGAGCCUUAAGAGACACAUGAGCAUUCACACCGGAGAGAAACCUUUUGCUUGCACCCAGUGUGCAAAGAGUUACACAGUGAAACAACACCUUGAGAGUCACAUGAGAAUUCACUCUGGAGUGAAGCCUUUCAUCUGCUCUGAGUGUGGAAAGAGUUUCAUGGAACAACGACAACUUCUAAUACACAUGAGAAUUCACACUGGAGAGAAACCUUUCUCCUGCUCUCAUUGUGGAAAAAGUUUCAAACAACAAGGACAGCUGAAAUGUCACAUGAGAAUUCAUACUGGAGAGAAGCCUUUCUCCUGCUCUCAGUGUGGAAGGAGUUUCACAGUAAAGAGUAACCUUGAGAGUCACAUGAGGAUUCACACUGGUGUGAAGCCAUUUUCCUGCUUUCAGUGUGGAAGGAGUUUCAUGCAACAAGGACAACUUCAAGUUCACAUGAACAUUCACACUGGACAGAAGCCUUUGAUCUGCUCUUAUUGUAUGAAGAGUUUUACAUUGAAACAUGUCCUUGAGAGACACAUCAGAAUUCACACUGGAGAGAAGCCUUUCUCUUGCUCUGAGUGUGCGAUGAGCUUCGCAGAGAAACAAAAGCUCAAGGUUCAUAUGAGAAUUCACACUGGAGAGAAGCCAUUCUCCUGCUCUGAGUGUCCGAUGAGCUUUGCAGAGAAACAAAAGCUCAAGGUUCAUAUGAGAAUUCACACUGGAGAGAAACCUUUCAUCUGUUUGCAGUGUGGAAAGAGCUUCACAGUGAAUAAGAGCCUUAAGAUACACAUGAGUACUCAUAUCGGAGAGAAGCAUUUUACCUGCUCUGAGUGUGGAAAGAGUUUUACAAUGAACAGCACCCUUGAGAGACACAUGAAAAUCCACACUGGAGAGAAACCUUUCACCUGCCCUUGUUGUAUAAUGAGGUUCACAGUGAAACAAAGUCUUGAGACACACAUGGGAAUUCACACUGAAGAGAAACCUUUCAACAGAGGAGUGGAAUCUCCUCUACCAUCACCUGUAGGCAGCAUCAGUCCAAAUAAUGCAAAUUCAGUUAUAGCGUACCUGGACACCCCCCAUCUAUCAGAGGAAAGACAUGUAGUCAAUCAGUUUAAAUAUGAGAAAGAAACAUACUCAGCCGACCCAGACCUCCUGUUGAGGAGGAAAUAUUACGAGAGUGUGUCAGUAUCCAGACAGCACUGUGACGUGAUGGAGACUGAUGAAAUAAACUGCAUCGAACAUUUCCUAGUAAUAAAGAUGGAGCAGCCUGAAAACAACCAGACCACAAUGGGACCAGAUGUGAAGCCGAAAACAUGCCAGACGACACCUAUGCAAGAGUGGAAGAAUGAAAGACAGAACUUGAAAGAACUGAAAGAAGAUUCUGUCAUUUGCCAUCAAUGUGGGAUGUGUUUCAUUGACCAAGCAAGCCUUAAGAAGCACAUCAGAAUUCACACUGGAGAGAAGCAAUUCACCUGCCCUCAAUGUGGAAAGACUUUCACACAACAAGGACAGCUGACACGUCACAUGAAAAUCCACACUGGAGAGAAACCUUUCUCCUGCUCUGAGUGUGGAAUGAACUUCAGAGAAAAAAACAAGCUUAAUAUUCACAUGAGGAUUCACACUGGAGAGAAGCCUUUCAUUUGCUCUCAAUGUGGAAAGAAUUUCACAGUGAAUCAAAGCCUUGAGAGACACAUGAGAAUUCACAAUGGGGAGAAGCCUUUCACCUGCUCUCAGUGUGGAAGGAGUUUCACACAACACGGACAGUGGAAACGUCACAUGAGUGUUCACACUGGAGAGAAACCUUUCUCCUGCUCUCAUUGUGGAAAGACUUUAACUGUGAAACAAAGCCUUAAGAGUCACAUGAGAAUUCACACUGGAGAGAAGCCUUACUCCUGCCCCCAAUGUGGAAAGAGUUUCACAGUGAAACAAAGCCUUGAGCGACACAUUAGAAUUCACACCGGAGAAAAGCCUUUCACCUGCUUUGAAUGUGGGAUGAACUUCAUAGAAAAACAACAGCUUAAUGUUCACAUGAGAAUACACACUGGAGAGCAACCCUUCAUCUGCUCUCAGUGUGGAAAGAGUUUCAUUUUUAAGCAAAGCCUUGAGAGACACAUGAGAAUUCACACUGGAGAGAAGCCUUUCACCUGCUCUGAGUGUGGGAUGGGCUUCAUAGAGAUGCAAAAGCUUAAAAUUCAUAUGCGAAUUCACACUGGAGAGAAACCUUUCACUUGCCCUCAAUGUGGAAAGAGUUUCAGAGAAAACCGGAGCCUUAAGAGACACAUGAGCAUUCAUACCGGAGAGAAACCUUUUUCCUGCACCCAGUGUGCAAAGAGUUACACAGUGAAACAACACCUUGAGAGUCACAUGAGAAUUCACUCUGGAGUGAAGCCUUUCAUCUGCUCUGAGUGUGGAAAGAGUUUCAUGGAACAACGACAACAUCUAAUACACAUGAGAAUUCACACUGGAGAGAAACCUUUCUCCUGCUCUCAUUGUGGAAAGAGUUUCACAGUAAAGAGUAACCUUGAGAGUCACAUGAGAAUUCACACUUGAGAAAAGCCAUUUUCCUGCUUUCAGUUUGGAAGGAGUUUUCAAGGACAACACAAACAAUUCACACUGGACAGAAGCCUUUAGUAAUAAUUCCUUACAUUUAUAUAGCGCUUUUCUGGACACUCAGAGCGCUUUACAUAUGGAAGGGGGAAUCUCCUCAACCACCACCAAUGUGCAGCAUCCACCUGGAUGAUGCGAUGGCAGCCAUAUUGCGCCAGAAUGCCCACCACACACCUGAUGAUUGGUUGAGAGGAGACAGAAUGAUAAACCAAUCAGUGGGGAUGAUUAGGAGGCCAUCACGGUCAGAGGCCAAUGGGCAAAUUUGGCCAGGAUGUCAGGGUUUACACCCCUACUCUUUUCGAAGGACAUCCUGGGAUUUUUAACAACCACAGAGAGUCAGGACCUCGUUUUAACAUCUCAUCUGAAGGACAGUGGUUUUUGACAGUGAAGUGUCCUCAUCACUAUACUGGGGUGUUAGGACCCACACAGACCACAGGGUGAGCACCCCUCACUAACACCUCUUCCAGCAGCCACCUAGUUUUCCCAGGAGGUCUCCCAUCCAGGUACUAACCAGGCUCAGCCCUGCUUAGCUUCAAUGGGCAACCAGUCUUGGGCUACAGGGUGAUAUGACUGUUGGCUUUCAUCUGCUCUUAUUGCAUGAAGAGUUUUACAUUGAAGCAUGUCCUUGAGAGACACAUGAGAAUUCACACUGGAGAGAAGCCUUUCACCUGCUCUGAGUGAGGAAAGUGUUUCAUGCAGCAAGGACACCUUGCCAUGUUUUUCUGAUGCUGUAACCAUGCUGUGCAAAAAAUAACAUUCAUGAUUUCAUAAUCUGCAAGGCAAAUUAAAUAAGUAAAACUAUA